UUAAUCACUCAGGGACUCGACUGAGUCAUGAGUCAAUGCGUCACGGUAGAGCUCCUUUCACAACACUACACAGAUUCAAUUCCCUCUCCUUCCAUCACCAAUCCAACUUCUCAACAAUUCAGCGCCAAGUGAAUCAAACUUCAGAGCACAAAAUAUUUACUCAUCUUUUGAAAAUUUGCCUACAACAAUGCCAGCGAAUCAAAAUCCGCCACCCGUUCGACGAAACGCCUCAAAGGCUAGCCCAAGCUUCAAGAACCAGCAAAACUAUCCACGCCCAGAGCCUGAAAUUUGGGUUUGGAUCAAAAGGGCGGCUGGGUAGUGCCAUUGUUGAUUUGUAUGCUAAAUGUGGCAAUGUGGAAUUUGCUGCGAAGGCAUUUAACCAGCUUGAGAAACGAGAUAUACUGGCAUGGAACUCGGUUCUUUCCAUGUAUUCGAGGCAGGGAUCGUUGGAGCAGGUUAUUUGGUGUUUUGGGUCGUUGCAGAAUUGUGGCGUGUCGCCCAAUCAGUUCACUUAUGCUAUUGUUUUGUCCUCUUGUGCAAGAUUGGUGGAUAUUGAUCUGGGCAAACAAGUCCAUUGUGGUGUUAUUAAGAUGGGUUUUGAGUUUAAUUCCUUUUGUGAAGGGUCUUUAAUUGAUAUGUAUUCAAAAUGUGGUUCUCUGGUUGAUGCUCGGAAAAUAUUUGAUGCAGUGGUGGAUCCUGAUACAGUUUCCUGGACAGCAAUGAUUGCAGGGUAUGUUCAAGUUGGUUUACCUGAGGAGGCACUUAAGGUGUUUGAGGAUAUGCAGAAACUAGGCCUUGUUCCAGACCAGGUUGCAUUUGUGACUGUCAUAACUGCAUGUGUUGGUUUGGGAAGGCUUGAUGAUGCAUGUGAUUUAUUUGUCCAAAUGCCCAACACAAAUGUUGUAGCAUGGAAUGUGAUGAUUUCUGGGCAUGUGAAGAGAGGUUGUGAUAUAGAAGCUAUUGAUUUUUUCAAAAACAUGUGGAAAACUGGUGUUAAGUCGACGCGAUCCACAUUAGGAAGUGUGUUGAGUGCCAUUGCUAGUUUAGAAGCUCUCAACUAUGGCCUGCUGGUUCAUGCUCAGGCAAUCAAACAGGGUUUAAAUUCUAAUGUUUAUGUUGGAAGUUCUUUGAUCAAUAUGUAUGCCAAGUGUGAGAAAAUGGAAGCUGCCAAGAAAGUUUUUGAUGCUUUGGAUGAGAGAAAUCUUGUGCUAUGGAAUGCAAUGCUAGGAGGUUAUGCACAGAAUGGGUAUGCCAGUAAAGUCAUGAAGUUAUUCUCUGAAAUGAGGGGUUGUGGUUUCUGGCCUGAUGAAUUUACCUACACUAGCAUUCUGAGUGCAUGUGCCUGCUUGGAAUGUUUAGAAAUGGGGCGCCAGUUGCAUUCAUUUAUUAUCAAACAUAAUUUUGAAUACAACUUAUUUGUGGAAAACACAUUAGUAGAUAUGUAUGCUAAAUGUGGGGCUCUAGAGGAAGCAAGACAACAAUUUGAAUUCAUAAGGAAUAGAGACAAUGUUUCUUGGAAUGCAAUUAUUGUUGGGUAUGUGCAGGAAGAAGACGAGGAUGAGGCUUUCAACAUGUUUCGAAGGAUGAUCUUGGAUGGGAUUGCACCUGAUGAAGUGUCUUUGGCUAGUAUACUUAGUGGAUGUGCAAAUCUUCAAGCUCUUGAACAAGGAGAGCAGGUGCAUUGCUUUUUGGUCAAAUCUGGUUUACAAACAAGCCUUUAUGCAGGAAGCUCCCUUAUUGACAUGUAUGUCAAAUGUGGUGCCAUUGAAGCCGCUCGAUAUGUUUUCUCUUGCAUGCCUAGCCGAAGUGUGGUCUCCAUGAAUGCUAUUAUUGCAGGGUAUGCUCAAAAUGAUCUAGUUGAAGCAAUAGAUCUGUUCCAAGAGAUGCAGAACGAGGGAUUGAACCCAUCUGAAAUCACCUUUGCAAGCCUUUUGGAUGCAUGUAAUGGACCUUAUAAAUUGAAUCUGGGAAGGCAAAUCCACUGUCUAAUACAAAAGAGGGGCCUUUUGUAUGAUGGUGAUUUCUUAGGCGUCUCUCUCUUGGUCAUGUAUAUGAACUCCCAAAGGAAAACAGAUGCAGAUAUUCUUUUCUCAGAGUUUCAAUAUCCAAAGAGUACAAUCUUAUGGACAGCAAUAAUAUCAGGACACACUCAAAAUGGUUGUAGCGAGGAGGCUUUGCAGUUGUAUCAAGAAAUGCAUAGAAACAAUGCCAGACCGGACCAAGCCACAUUUGCUAGUGUCCUUAGAGCAUGUUCCAUCUUAGCUUCUUUGGGAGAUGGUAGAAUGAUCCAUUCUCUCAUUUUCCAUGUUGGUUUGGACUCAGACGAGUUAACAGGCAGUGCCCUUGUAGACAUGUAUGCUAAAUGUGGGGAUAUGAAAAGUUCUGUUCAAGUUUUUGAAGAAAUGGGUAGUAAAAAUGAUGUUAUCUCUUGGAACUCGAUGAUAGUUGGAUUUGCUAAAAAUGGGUAUGCAGAAAAUGCACUGAAAAUCUUUGAUGAGAUGAAGCACACACGAAUAAGGCCUGAUGAUGUCACAUUCCUUGGUGUUCUCACUGCAUGUAGUCAUGCAGGCAGGGUAUCUGAAGGCCGUGAAAUCUUUGACAUCAUGGUCCAUUCCUAUAAGAUUGUGCCAAGAUUAGAUCAUUGUGCUUGUAUGAUUGAUCUUCUGGGCAGAUGGGGCUUUCUCAAAGAAGCUGAGGAGUUCAUUGACAAGCUAAAUUUUGAGCCCGAUGCUAUGAUUUGGGCAACACUACUUGGUGCUUGCAGAAUACAUGGAGAUGAUAUAAGGGGGCGACGAGCGGCUGAGAAGCUGAUUGAAUUGGAACCUGAAAAUUCUUCUCCUUAUGUGCUACUUUCUAAUAUAUAUGCUGCAUCAGGAAACUGGGAUGAGGUUAACUCAGUGAGGAGGGCAAUGAGAGAAAAAGGACUGAAAAAGUUGCCUGGAUGUAGCUGGAUAGUAGUAGGACAGAAGAGUAACUUAUUUGUAGCAGGGGAUAAAUUUCAUCCCAGUGCUGGUGAAAUCCAUGCACUUUUGAAGGAUUUGAUAGCACUGAUGAAAGAAGAUGGUUAUAUUGCUGAAACUGAUUCUCUGUUGGAAGAUGAAGACUGAAGGAGGCAUUCCUUUUAUCAUUUUUGUCUUUGUUUGAAGCAGAGAUGAAAUCAUUAUCCAGUUAAUGUGAAAGCAGAAGAGGUAUAUUAUGGGUUCAUUUUGCUAAGAAGCAUUCAUUGGGGCUAAGUGGGCAGGAAUGAUGCUUUGAAGGUCAAGAUCUGUAAAGUCCUUCAAAUCCAUUUCUCCUCAUUGACUGCCAAGGAAGCCAGCUUCAGAGUCUAAUUAUUUCCAGAGUGUAAAUCUAUUUUUUCCUUCAUAUGGAAAGGCCAGCACCAUGAGGGGCAUAUUUUCUACAUUCUACUGCUGGUUUUUUUACUAAUUGUUUAUCAUGGUUGAUCGACAUUCAUAUUAAGCUAGUGGCUCCCUUAUCUAUAUAGAGAAGGCUGAAUGGAGAAUGAGCUAGAAAUAGAAUCUUAGAUAAACUCCAACCGAAGGAUAGAGUUGAAAGAGGAUUAUCAGGUUCCAGAGGAAAAUAUGAAUAAGAUCUUCUGUAAUUUGGGGGAACCCUUUGUUGAAGCUCUGGAUGGGAAAAUCAAGUAGAUAGAUGCCACAAAAGCUGUUUUUCUCAUUUUUAAAGCUCUGAGGCUAUUAUUACUUCACCCUUAAAGUAAUACUGAUGGGCAUUGGGAAUUCUAGUAAUACACUGACCAAAGUAGUAUUACAUGAUGCUAAAACUUUCUUCCCUGCAGUGGCAUUUUUUUUUUUCAUUUAUGAUCAUAUUGUAAAAUUGUCAUGAUUACAUGGAAAAAUAUUUAUCCAAUAAUUGAUGUUGUA